UUGCUUAAAUAAAGAGUCGAGCAUGCGCAGCGGGCCUCAGCGGUACGACCUAAAGGAGAGCGAGCUUCAGACUUACAGACCUGCAAAGUAGAAUCUGAUACGAAUCUUGUAAGUUGAUUGAAACGGUCAGCGGUUUGUGCUACAAUGUACGCCUGCGCUAAAUUCGUGUCCUCUCCUGCACUGGUCCGCUCUGGCUCAAGGGCACUCUACAGACCACUCUCAGCUUCUGUGCUCUCCAGGCCAGAUGUGAAAUCUGCAGAGGCUAGCCCAGUCCUACUGCCACAGAGUGCUGUAUCUCAGGUUGCACUGAGGGGAUUCCAGACAAGUGCAGUGAGCCGUGACAUCGACACAGCUGCCAAGUUCAUCGGUGCUGGUGCUGCCACCGUAGGUGUUGCAGGAUCAGGAGCCGGAAUCGGAACAGUGUUCGGCAGCCUAAUCAUUGGAUAUGCAAGGAACCCAUCUCUAAAGCAGCAGCUGUUCUCCUAUGCUAUCCUGGGCUUUGCCUUGUCUGAGGCCAUGGGUCUAUUCUGUUUGAUGGUUGCUUUCCUCAUCCUGUUUGCCAUGUAAAGUCUGCGCUGUCCUCAGUCAUCUGCUGUGAAGGCGUGCAUUUUACAUUAGCUCCUGAGAGGUCCAUUUCGGUGUUAUGACAGUUGUACAUUUUCCAAGAUUUUUGUGGAAGGUUCACUAAACAGAAGAACAUGUAUUGUAAAAAUGUAUUAAAAUACAUAAUUAAAAUACAUGUAUUUCACUAUUUAAA